AUGUCUUCACCAGUGCAGGGCGAACUGCGGUUCAAGAACCCAAGAAUAUUCGUCUGCGAUAUUCAAGAAAAGUUUAGCAAUGUCAUUUACGAAUUCGAUAGCAUCGUCCUCACGACCCAAAAGCUCCUCAAGUUCGCAAACUCCCUCUCGGUCCCAGUUGUAACCACAACACAAACCUCAGCCAAGCUCGGCCCUACGGUUCCCUCUCUCGCCCAACUCCUCCCCUCGAAACCUCACGACAAGACACGCUUCUCCAUGGCUAUCCCCUCCGUCACCGCCGAUUUACCUCCGAGCUCCGAGAUCGCUCUCGUUGGCAUCGAGUCCCAUAUUUGCAUUACACAGACAGCGCUCGAUCUGCGCGAUGCGGGCCAUAAAGUGUAUGUUAUUGCGGAUGGAGUCUCGAGUUGUAACCCGCGCGAGGUGGGAAUUGCGUUGGAUCGAUUGCGCGCUGAGCCAGGGAUUACCGUUACGUCGAGUGAGAGUUGGAUGUAUGAGUGUGUAGGAGACUCGCUGCAUCCUGCUUUUAAGGGUCUUUUUGGUGUUGUCAAGGAAUCAUUGGCUGACACCAAGAAGGUUUGGCAAGCAUUGCCUCCCGAGUCCAAGAUCUAG